GGUUACUGCCCAUAACCUCAAAAAAAUAGUUGCAAGCAUUUCUAAAGGCAGUGAAAGUGAAACCAGUUCUUCUAAAUUAUUAGAACAAAUUUAAUUAUUUUAUUUAUUGUGAAUUAAUUUUUAGAAAUUUGUUUUUAUCUUUUAAAGAAAGUAGAAUAUUUAAGUGCAUAAUUAUUUUUCUAUUAUCUAUAAUUUUAAAAUGACUCCAACGGAAACGUCUUCUAGUAGCACGGCAACAAAAUUAUUUUCCCGAGAGGAGGUUGCUAAAUACAAUGAUAGCAAGGAAACUUGGUUAAUUAUUCACAAUAACGUGUACAACGUGACCGCAUUUCUUAAUGAGCAUCCUGGCGGAGAAGAAGUUCUUUUAGAAUUAGCAGGACGCGAUGCAACUGAAAGUUUCGAAGAUGUUGGACAUUCGAGUGAUGCUAGACAAAUGAUGGAACCGUAUAAAAUUGGAGAAAUUAUAGACGAAGAGAAAAUUGACGAGGCUAACAAGGGUGGCAAAGAUUGGUCGAGUGAAAAUACAGGUGAAGAGGAUUCCAGUGGUUCUUGGAGAUCCUGGCUGAUUCCAAUAUUUCUCGGAGUCUUAGCAACAGUUGUCUACCGCUACUUCAUCAGUUCACAAUAAAAGAGGAGACAUUCCGCGAGAUGGAUUUUAAUUCUUCUUAUUUUCCUCUCUCUCCCUCUCUCAUUUUUUUUAGAAAACAUUUACCUUACGAUGAUUGUUAUUACUUUAUAUAUAAUGUUUUUUUUAAAUAAGCGACUAAUACAAAAAGAAACAAAAAAAAGAAAAUGGUGUGCAAGAUAAUAAACAUUUGAGGACGAGGGGAUCGUUUUUAUCCAGAGGCCUAGCAUUUACACAAAAAAAAAAAAAUAAAAAACAAAAUAUAUUUAAAAGAAAAAG